GUUCUCUCGUCCACAAACUUUUCUCUCCCAUUCAAACAAAACUUAUACGCGAUUCAAUCUCUCUCUCAUAAGAACAGCUAAUCCGAAAAAAUCCCAGGUUCAAUCUCGGGUACGCUAUCUGAGUUUCGCUUUCUUUCUGAUAAGGUGGGGGACAAGAUGUCUGGUUUCGUGGGUGUAAUUGUUUCUGAUCCAUGGCUGCAAAGCCAGUUUACCCAGGUGGAGCUACGCACACUUAAAUCCAAGUUUAUUUCAAUAAGGAGUCAAUCUGGAAAAGUCACUGUUGGAGAUUUGCCUCCGGUGUUUUCACAAUUGAAGGCUUUCAGAGAAAUGUUUAAUGAAGAUGAGGUCAAGACUAUCUUGGGGGAGUCGUAUAGUGAAGAAAUGGAUUUUGAGUCCUUUCUGAGAGCAUAUUUGAAUUUGCAAGCCCGAGCAACAGCCAAAUCAGGUGGUUCGAAGAAUUCUUCCUCAUUUCUUAAGGCAACAACAACAACUGUUCUCCAUGCUAUCAAUGAGUCUGAAAAGGCUUCUUAUGUUGCUCAUAUUAAUAGCUUCCUAGCUGAAGAUCCAUUCUUGAAGAAGUAUCUACCAAUAGAUCCAUCCACAAAUGCUCUAUUUGACCUCGUGAAAGAUGGAGUUCUUCUUUGCAAGCUUAUCAAUGUAGCUGUUCCUGGGACCAUUGAUGAGCGAGCGAUAAACACAAAACAAACACUUAAUCCUUGGGAACGGAAUGAGAACCACACCCUUUGUCUGAAUUCUGCAAAGGCUAUCGGCUGCACGGUGGUUAACGUUGGUACACAGGACUUGGCUGAAGCAAGACCCUAUCUUGUUCUUGGACUCAUUUCUCAAAUUAUUAAGAUUCAACUUUUGGCUGAUCUCAACUUGAAGAAAACCCCUCAACUUGUAGAGUUGGUGGAUGACAGCAAGGAUGUGGAAGAGUUCUUAAGUUUGGCACCUGAAAAGGUUUUACUGAAAUGGAUGAAUUUUCAUCUGAAAAAGGUUGGCUACGAGAAGCAGGUUACGAACUUCUCAUCUGAUUUGAAGGAUGGUGAGGCCUAUGCUUACCUGCUUAAUGCUCUUGCACCAGAACACAGUAGCCCCACCACCCUUGAAGCAAAGGACCCUUCAGAAAGAGCAAACAUGGUUCUUCAGCAGGCAGAAAAAUUGGAUUGCAAAAGAUUCCUCACUCCAAAGGAUAUUGUUGAAGGCUCUCCAAAUCUUAAUCUAGCUUUUGUUGCACAAAUAUUCCAGCAUAGGAAUGGAUUGUCUGUUGACACCAACAAGAUGUCCUUUGCUGAGAUGAUGACAGACGAUGCACAAACUUCUCGGGAAGAGAGAUGCUUCCGACUCUGGAUAAACAGUCUUGGUACUGCUACAUAUGUCAAUAAUGUUUUUGAGGAUGUCAGAAAUGGAUGGGUUCUUCUAGAAGUUCUUGAUAAAGUUUCACCAGGGUCAGUGAACUGGAAACAGGCAAGUAAGCCACCCAUAAAGAUGCCAUUCAGAAAAGUCGAAAAUUGCAACCAAGUUAUAAAGAUUGGGAAGGAGUUGAAUUUUUCACUUGUGAAUGUCGCUGGCAACGACAUUGUGCAAGGAAAUAAGAAGCUAUUACUAGCAUUUUUAUGGCAACUUAUGAGAUUUACCAUGCUCCAACUCCUGAAAAACUUGAGGUCCCGCUCCCAAGGUAAGGAGAUAACAGAUGCUGACAUUCUAAAUUGGGCAAACAAUAAAGUGAAGGCAGCAGGUAGAGCAUCUCAAAUGGAGAGCUUCAAGGAUAAAAACCUUUCAAGUGGAAUGUUCUUCCUUGAGCUUUUGUGUGCUGUGGAACCAAGGGUGGUCAACUGGAGCGUUGUUACAAAGGGGGAAACUGACGAGGAUAAGAAGUUGAAUGCAACAUACAUUAUUAGCGUUGCCCGUAAGCUUGGAUGCUCUAUUUUCUUGCUACCUGAAGACAUUAUGGAGGUAAACCAGAAGAUGAUCCUCACAUUGACCGCGAGCAUAAUGUACUGGAGCCUUCAGCAACAAGGAGGGGAUUCGGAGUCAACGGAAUCUCAAGACAACGACGAGAAUGAGUGAUCCGGCUCAUGAGGUGUCUAAUUUGUCCAUCAAUGAUGCCGUUUCAGAUGUUGGAGACGAUGAAUCCUCAACUGGUGCCAAAGAUAAGGAUCAAGAUAAUCAGUGACAAAAAGUUGCAGGCUUCUUCUAUUAUUUCUUAUAGAACAGGAAUGAAAGGAAAUUAUUUUGCAGCUAGCAUAUACUCGAGUCUUUGGAUUUUCUUUUUCUUUUGGGUAUACCACAGAGGAGGGAAUGAUCCUGUAAAUUUCCUGUGUAAUUAGAGAUUGCCGUUGGGCAUAAUAUAUUCUUUGACAAAAAGCUUCAUUUUUGAAAUUUCAUUAAGGGUGUGUAAAGUUAGUCAUCUCC